AUGGCUGCGAUGAAAAAGAAGUUAGUAAUUGUAGGUGAUGAUGCUUCUGGUACAACACAUCUGCUAAACUUCUUCAGUAAGGAUCAAUUCCCCGAAGUCUACGAGCAUACUGUGUCUGAAAACCAUGUAGCUGAUAUAGAAUUAGAUGGAAAACAGGUUGAGUUAUCUAUUUGUGACACAGCUGGAAAGGAAGACCAACUUCGACAACUCUCAUACCCAAACACAGACGUCAUUCUGAUGUGUUUCUCUAUCGUCAGUCCAGACAGUUUACAAAACAUCGCUGAGAAGUGGAUACCAGAGGUGAAACACUACUGCCCCAACGUCCCAAUCGUCCUAGUAGGCAACAAGAAGGAUCUACGAUGUGAUCCCAAUAUGAUAAGAGAAUUGGCCAAAAUGAAUCAGAAGCCUGUGAGUUAUGAAGAUGGCCAAACAAUGGCGUACAAGAUAGGUGCUUUUGCAUACUUGGAGUGCUCUUCCAUGAGUAAAGAGGGAGUCCAAGAAAUUUUUGAAAUCGCUACAAGGGCUGCUCUUCAAACAUAA